GACGGAGAGACAGAGAGACACCCUCCAUUGCUCCACACCAACUUCCCAGCGAGGGCGACCCUGUAGUGUUGUGUGUAGUCACACAAUGGCCCAAACUCUCCAGAUGGCGAUCCCGAACUUUGGCAACAGUGUUCUGGAGUGUCUGAAUGAGCAGCGGCUGCAGGGCCUCUACUGCGAUGUGUCUGUGGUGGUGAAGGGUCAUACCUUCAAGGCUCAUCGAGCUGUGUUGGCUGCCAGCAGUUCUUAUUUCAGAGACCUUUUCAGCAGCAGCAGCAGCAGUAGUGGUGGAAGUAAUGGCAGUGAAAAGAGUCCCACAGUUGUGGAGCUACCUCCAGCUGUACAACCCCAGAGUUUCCAGCAGAUCCUGGCCUUCUGUUACACGGGCCGUCUCAGCAUGACUGUGGGGGACCAGUUCCUCCUCAUGUAUACAGCAGGCUUCCUGCAGAUUCAGCAAAUCAUGGAAAAGGGCACCGAAUUCUUCCUAAAGGUCUCCUCCCCUAGCUGUGACUCCCAGGGGCUACACCCUGAAGAGGCCCCACCCUCCGAGCCGCAGAGCCCUGUCACACAGACAGGUGGGAGCACAGCGCGGCCUACUUCUUGUCUCACGCCUCUGCCCCUGGUGUCACGAGUGAAGACAGAACAGCCAGCCAGCCAACCGGAGGCAGCAUCUCCUUACUCAGUGGUCUGUACCCCAGUGGCAAAGCGGCUGUGGGAGGGGGGCAGUAGCAAGGAUGGUUGUGGGGCAGGUUUAGGGGGAGGGGGAUCAAGGAAGGCUGCCCGCUUUUCCCAUGAAGCUUUGCGGGGUAGCGCCAUCCAGAACUCUGGAGCCCUGGGACUGGCCAUGGCCAUGGGCACCAGUGGAUCCAGCUUGGUAGGCAUGGUGGCUGGUGGGGGCCUAAGCAACAGUGGUGGCCCCAAUGGAAGCUCUGCAGCAGGAGGUGUUGGGAUGUCAGAGGGUGCCAGUCCCGGCACCAUGAGUGCCUACGCCAGUGACUCGCCCAUCAGCUACCACGAUGAGGAAGAGGAGGAGGAAGGGACAGACGAAAGUGCUGAGGAGCAGUACAGGCAGAUAUGCAACAUGUACACUAUGUACAGCAUGCUCAACGUGGGCACUGCAGCUGGUGAGCGUGUGGAGGCCCUACCGGACCACAUAGAGACACGGGGUCGGAUGAGGGGCCGAGACCUAACAUGUCUCCCCACAGAACUCAUUACGCAGAUAGGCAACCGCUGCCAUCCCAAACUGUACGAGGAGGGAGAUCCUGCUGAGAAGCUUGAGCUAGUCUCAGGUACUUCUGUGUACAUAUCUCGAGCCCAGCUGAUGAACUGUCAUGUGAGCGCGGGGACCAGACACAAGGUGCUGCUGAGGAGGCUGCUGGCUGCCUUCUUUGACAGGAACACUUUGGCCAACAGUUGUGGAACAGGGAUCCGCUCUUCCACCAAUGACCCUAGCCGCAAGCCCCUGGACAACAGAGUGCUGCACGCAGUGAAAUAUUACUGCCAGAACUUUGCCACCAGCUUCAAAGAGAGUGAAAUGAAUGCCAUUGCGGCCGACAUGUGCACAAAUGCUCGACGUGUAGUCCGCAAAAGCUGGAUCCCCAAGCUGAAGCUGCUGAUGGCCGAAAGUGACGCCUACUCUGCUUUCCUCCCGGAUGCUGUCAAAAUGGAGGAUGAAACGCUGGGAACAGAUCGAGCAUUUGACCCUGCUGCCUUGGAGGCCACCAGCAGCGCGGGUGCAGAGUCGGGUGGUUCCUCAGCUGAAUCGCUACAAGGCACACGCGGGGAUGGUGGAGUAUUAUUUUGA